GCUUCGACCUUCUUAUGACAUUCGUGGCGGCACGUAGCUUGACUUUGACGAAGAGCUUCCUGCAAUUUCGGACGCAAGUCACUUUUCUUUUUCAGUGUUCUUACUUUAGGACAUCGUCUUCCGUAGGCACCAUGGCUUUGAACAAGCUCAGUAUUGACAAAGUUGAUCUCGCCGGCAAGCGAGUGCUAAUCAGAGUGGACUUUAAUGUUCCUCUCAAGGAUGGAAAAAUUACAAACAAUCAACGAAUUACUGCUGCUCUUGAUACUGUCAAGUAUGCAUUGGAAAAGAAUGCAAAGUCAGUUGUUCUCAUGUCUCACUUGGGUAGACCCGAUGGCAGCGAAAAUCUCAAGUACACCAUGAAACCUGUUGCUGACGAGCUCAAGAAACUUCUAGGUAAAGACAUUCAGUUUUUGGAUGAUUGUGUUGGCCCAGCAGUUGAGGCUGCAUGUGCUGAUCCAACACCUGGUUCAAUCAUUCUUUUGGAAAAUUUAAGAUUCCAUGUUGAAGAGGAGGGCAAAGGUGUUGGCCCUGAUGGAAGCAAAAUUAAAGCAGACAAAGAUAAAGUUACAGAGUUCAGAGCAUCUCUAAGAAAACUUGGAGAUGUGUACAUCAACGAUGCUUUUGGUACUGCACAUAGAGCACACAGCUCAAUGAUGGGUGAUGGCUUUAACAUCAGAGCUAGUGGUUUCUUAUUAAAAAAGGAACUGCAAUACUUUGCCAAAGCUUUAGAUAAUCCUGAACGACCAUUCCUGGCAAUUCUUGGUGGAGCCAAAGUUGCUGACAAGAUUCAACUCAUUAAUAACUUACUGGACAAAGUUAAUGAGAUGAUUAUCGGUGGUGGUAUGGCUUACACAUUCUUAAAAGUCACUAAAAAUAUGAAGAUUGGUAACUCCUUGUUUGAUGAGGAAGGCUCUAAAAUUAUCAAUGAACUUUUAACUAAAGCUGAGAAGAACAAAGUUCAGAUUCACCUGCCAGUGGAUUUUGUCACUGCAGAUAAAUUUGCAGAGGAUGCUGCAGUUGGGGCUGCUGAUGUUGAUAGUGGAAUUCCUGACAAUUGGAUGGGUCUUGAUGUGGGACCAAAGUCGAGAGAUUUGUUUGCAGAACCAAUCAAAAGAGCAAAAGUCAUUGUAUGGAAUGGACCAGCUGGAGUAUUUGAGUUUGAUAAUUUCUGCAAAGGUACAAAAAGUUUGAUGGACAAUGUCGUUGAAGCAACAAAACGAGGUGCGACAACGAUCAUUGGUGGUGGAGACACUGCUACUUGCGCUGCAAAGUGGAAAACUGAAGAUCUAGUUAGCCAUGUUAGUACUGGUGGUGGUGCUAGUUUGGAGCUUUUGGAGGGAAAAGUAUUGCCUGGUGUAGCAGCUCUUUCACCAGCGUAAAAAUCAUUGUUAAAUUAUAAUUAAAAUGUGGCUAAUGCGUUUGUAGCCCAUCGUAAAAAGUGAUGUAUAAUAUUUAUUAAUUCAUUCUAUGUACUUUAAAAUUUUGAUUUAAUACUUUUUUUUUGUAACUUAUAAGUAGAUUAUAAAAUCAACAGAAAUAAAUGAAUAUAUCAAUAUUUCCGGUUAUACUAAAGAUUUUGAAAUUUGGUCUUUAAUUUAUCCAGUAACCAUUUUUCAAACUAAAUAAUCACUGUUUAACAAAAUUGGCGAUUUAUUGAAGUCUAGUUGACUUGUAUGCAAAAAAGCAAAAUAUGCUAUUGAUAAUUUUACACCACCUAAUAAUGUGUCCAUG